CGGCAGCGCCACGAGGCGCAACGGUUGUUUCUAAUUCGAAAAAUAAAUACAGAAAAUACAGAAAACGCAAACAUAACGGUAGGAGUGCAGUGAAAGUACAGUGAAGUGUCCUGUGAAACGAACAAAAACUAAGCAAUAUACAAGGCACAAGUGCAGCCGCAUUGGAAAUUUUUCCGGCAUGAGAGCAGCUUUGGGCUUGUGUGCCCUGCUCUUGGCUGUGGCCAGCAGUCAGGCCUUUGAUGGUUACUCCAGAUCCAGCUAUAGCUCCCGUCAGUCGUCGUCUUCGUAUGGCGGUGGACAGGCCUCUCAAACAUCCUCCUAUGUGCAGUCGGCACCACAAUUGAGCACCUGGGCCUAUGCACACUUCAAUGAUGUGCGUGAGCUGGCGAAUCGUUUGAAGCAGGAAUAUAAUGCGCUGUCUCAAGGCAGCAGCAAUAGUCUGGGCUUUGCAGGUUCCUGGAGUGCUUCAAUUUUGGAUCUUUGCGGCAAGAGUGCUGGCCAAUUGGAUGCCUUGAGCUCGCAAAUAAGCCAACAAUUGGUGGCGGAUAUGAGACAGGGCAGCGUCAGCUAUGCCACCAUUUCGCAGCCAAAUUUCUUCGAGUCCAAGGCCGCCGAGCUGCUGGAACGUUUCUCCAGCAAUGUGAGCUCCGGCAAUCUGCAGCAGAGCGUGGACCUGAGCUCCUUUCAGCCAGUCGAUUUGAGUGGCUUCGAUGAGGUCAAGAACUAUGCCUAUCCCGCCGAGGUGAAGGUCAUCGAUGGCAAAACCUAUGUGGUGCAUCGCAACUGCACAGAGGCCACCAAGCUGACGGGCAACUAUGGCAAUGCAGCCCAAAUGAAUCAGGGUUUCUAUACGCAAUCGCAGAGCUCGUUGCCAGCCGGCAGCAGCACCACCACCACCAUCACGAGGAAGAAGACCAUCCACGAUUGGGUGCGCGAGAAUAUGGAACCCACAGUCGUGGGCUACAAUUCGGUGGUGCAUGUGGACGGAGGUGUACGCGGUGCACCCCUGACCAUACCCAGCAGUGCCUACAAUCAAAUCAGCGCCCCUGGCUCCAGCUCCACAGUGGUUAUACGCAGAUUUAACAAGACCAUAACCACGCAUCCCGACGGCACCAGCUCUGUGGGUGGCUCCGAGUCGCAGCAGCGCUGGCAGGAUGGCAAAUUGGUGUUGGAUGAGCAGCGUCCCUUUGGCCAGUCGUCGGUGCCGCGCGACGAGCAGUGGAAGCGGGAGGAGCGUGAACGCUUCUUCUGGUAUCUGACCACACCGCAGCGACUGGAGGAUUGGCAGCGUCAGCAGGAGGAUCGCCUGUCGGGCGUGGCGCAGCGCUAUCAUAUCACAUUGCCAAUGCUGGAGGAGUUCCAUCGCCGUGAGCUCGCCCGCUAUCAGGCGCUGUUGGGACAGUACCAGUCGCAGGUGCAGGAUGCCAGCGCCUGGCAGCGGCAGGAGAGGAGUCGCCUCGACUGGCUGAUUCACCAGAAUGGCUUCUCGGCACAGGACAUUGAUCGCUGGCAGCAGGAGAAUGGCAGAAAGCUGUCACAGCUGGCCCAGCAGCAUGGCGUCACCCAGGAGCAGCUGCAGCAAUGGCAGCGCCAGGAACUGCAGCGUUUGUAUGUGUAUUUCGAUAAAGUAAACGAAUCACUGGCGCCACAGGUGCCACAUGUGCCACAGGGACCCAUUCAGACCUAUCCCAAUUCGGGCUCCCUCACGGAGGACAACACCAAGGAGCAGGCGCGUCUGGAUGAGCUGAUUCGUCAGCACAAUUCGACAAUUGCCGCACUCCAGAGCUCCAUUUGGAACGAUCAGCAGCGACUGAAGGAUCUGUCGAUCAAGUAUCAGGGCGAUAUGCAGAACCAGACCCAAUGGCUGCGCGGUGAGGUGGCCCGCAUUGGGGAUCUCAUCAAGGAGCAGAACGAACAGGUAUCCAAAAUCUCCGCCUGGCAGAGCUCGGAGCGUACGCGCCUCGAGAGCAUACUGCGGCAGCAUCAGGGCUCGGUGGGUGAUCUGCAGCAGCAGAUGAUCCACGAUCGCAACUACAUCCAGUCGCUGGCCACCAAAUAUCGCGUGAGCGUCGACGAGCUGGAAAAGUGGCAGCGCGAGGAGUUGCAACGUUUGCAGGUGCGCGGCCAGCAGCAGCUGGAGGAGCACAUCAAGGACUGGCAGAUCAGCGUGAGCACGAAUCUGCGCGACAUUGUCGGACAGAAUCAGCUGACCAUCGAGCAGUUCCAGAACUCCAUUAUCAAUGAUCGCGCCAGGCUGGAGCAAAUGGCGCGCAUGUACAAGGUGAAGGUGGAGGAGAUCGAGGGCUGGAUCAAGAGCGAACUGAAGAAGUUCCAGUCGGAGGGCCUGCUCAAGGAAGUCGAACAGGAGCUGGUACUGUGGCAGCAGAAGGAGCGCGAGCGUCUGCAACAGCUCGUCCAGCACAAUUCGCUGACAGUCGAGCAGCUGGAGGCGAAGAUCAAGAGCGAUCAGUCGCACUUCUUUGAGCUGGCCAACACCUAUCAGGUGCGCGUCGAGGACAUUCAAGAGUGGCUGAAAAAGGAGCUACUGCGCCUGCAAAGCGAGGGUCUGGUCAAGGCCGAGGCACUCAAGGAUUGGCAGCAGGUGGAGCGCCUGGAAAUCUCCAAAUUGGUGCAGCAAAAUAAAUAUUCCUUGGAAGACUUUGAGCGGAAACUACUGGCCGAUCGGGCGCGACUCCAGGACCUGUCCAGCACGUACAAUGUGCAGGUCUCAGAGAUUGAGAAGUGGAUCCAGGCGGAGGGCGAACGGCUACAGCGCGAGGGUCGUCUGCACAUGGAAACGGAGCUCAAUCAUUGGCAGAAGAUCGAACGGCAGCGUUUGUUGGAUCUGAUCAACAAGAACGAUCUGUCCAUCGAUGAGAUCGAGACGAAGAUCGGUCGCGAUCAGACGCAUCUUUAUAGCCUCGCCCAGCAGCAUCAGGUGCGCGUGGAGGAGAUCGAACUGUGGAUCAAGCAGCAGAUUCAGAAGCUCCAAGACGAGGGCCUCAUCGAGAUGCAACGCCUCAAGAACUGGCAGCUGGAGUGGCGUGGAAAUCUCACCAAUAUGGUGCAGGAUCGCGACUAUACCGUCGAGGAGUUCCACAAGUGGCUGCUCAAGGAUCGCGCCCAGCUGCAGAGCCUUGCCAUGCAGCACAAUGUCCAGAUCGAGGAGAUCGAACAGUUUGUCAAGAAGGAGGAGCAACGCUUUAUUGGCAUGGGUCUGUUGAAGCCCAGCGAGAAGCUCACCAACUGGCAGGAGGUGGAGCGUCUCCAUCUCAAGAAUCUUGCCCAGCAGCAGUACAAAUCCACGGAACAACUGGAGGCUCGUCUGCGGCAGGAUCGUGAGCUGUUGGAACGCUUGGCGCGCCAGUAUAGCGUUCAGGUGGAGGAAAUUGAGCUGUGGAUGAAGCAGGAGCUGGCACGCAUGCGCGACGAGGGUAAGCUGCAGAUCGAUAACCUAACCUCCUGGCAGCUGGCCGAACGCGAACGCCUCGAGGCAUUGAUCAGCCAGAACAAACAGUGGAGCGCCGAGGAGUUGCGCACCGAGCUUGAAAAGGAUCGCGAACACAUGCAGACAAUGGCCUUCCAGUAUCACACCUCAGUGGAGGAGAUUGAGCGUUGGGUGCAAACGGAGAUUGAGCGUUUGAAGCAGCAGGGCAAACUGAACAUUGAGCAGCUGUCCGCGUGGCAAAGAACCGAACAGCAGCGCAUAUUGUCGCUACUCCAGCAGCACUCGAAUAUUACGCUGGAACAGUUUCAGGCCAAGGUGCAAAACGAUCGUCGUUUCUUAAUCAAACUCGCCGAACAACAUCAUGUGAGUGUUGUGGAGGUCGAGACCUAUGUAAAAGAAGUCAUUGAGGAUCUGCACAAGAAAGGACAAUUCGAAAUGGAGCAACUGCAAAACUGGCAGCUGGUGGAACGUGAUUACAUCAAGAAUUUAAUAGCCGAAUACAAGAAUGGACUGUCCACGGCGGAAUACGAACAGAAAUUGCUCGCAGAUCGUGCCCAUCUCAAUCAGCUGGCGGAUCAGUAUCGCCUCAGUGUGGAGCAAAUCGAGCAGUGGAUGAUCUCGGAGCUGAAGCGUCUGCGUGGCAACACCGAAGAGUCGCUGAAGAGUCUCAGUGUGUGGCAAGUGUCCGAAUUGGAGCGUCUACAAAACCUCGUCAAACAACAGAAUCAUUUGACCUACGUGGAAUUCGAAAUGGAAUUGAAUCAGGAGCGGGAACGUCUCCAAAAGCUGGCCAAUCAGUACUCCGUGAAUGUCGUUGAGAUUGAGGAGUGGCUGCGCCAGCAGUUGGUCAAUCUGAAGAGCACGGGCCAGGGCAAAGUGGAGAAUCUCACGAAAUGGCAGGCGCUGGAGCAACAGCGUCUCCUCGAGCUGCUGCUGAAGAAGCAACAGGAACUGCCCUACGAGGAUGUGGAACGUGAGCUGACCAAGGAUCACGAUCGCCUCGAAAGUCUCUCGCAAACCCACCACGUCAGCAUCGAUCAGGUGGAGCAGUGGUCACGCGAGGAACUGAAGCGCUUGCAGAGCUCCGGUCUGGUUCAAUUCGAACAGCAGACCCAGUGGCAGCAGCAGAUUAGCCAAGGCUUCAACGACUGGCUGCAGCAGCAGCGGAAUGGCGCCAGCUAUCAGGAGUUUGUGGACUUCCUGAAGCGGGACAAGCAGCGUUUGGAUGGCAUUGCCAGCGACUAUCAUGUGACGGUCGAGCAGGUGGAGAAGUGGGUGCAAAAGGAGGCGGCACGUCUCACUCUGAUUGGAGAGAUUGAUAGGCCACAGAAUAAUGUCAAGUACGAGGAGAUUGUCAACAUUUGGCAGGAUCAGCAGCAGCAGCAGCAGGAGCAACCCAUCUGGAAGACGGAUCUGCUGUCGCGCCUUCGCAGCGUCACCAAGUGGCGUCCCAUGAGAAAGGACGAGUUCGAGAGUUAUCUCAUUCGCAACAAGGCUGUGCACGAGCAGAUUGCCCGCCAGUAUCAUGUGACCAUUGAGGACAUUCAUCUGUGGCUGGAGAACAGCGCCCAGAAUGAGGGACUCAUCGCGGUGAGCACUGACCAGAAGCCUCAGCAGGAGACCAGCCAGCAGCACCGUGUGACCAGUGAGGAGGCGAUCAAGGAAUGGUACAGGGUUGAGCUAAAGCGUUUGCACGAUCAACGUAAGAUCGAUAGUGGUGCAGCCAUGUCCUGGCAGAGCCGCGAGGUGGAGCGAAUCUACUUGCAGGCCGUAAACAAGCCGGGCAUUAGCAGACAGGCACUGGAGACGCUGCUGCUCCGGGAUGUGCAUGUGCUGGCGCCACAAUAUCAGAUUUCGGUGGAGACGCUGCGUCUGUUCAUACACGACAAGCUCAGUCGCUUUGCGGACAUGGGCCUCACCACGGACACCGUGCGACAGGCGAACAAUUGGCACGAACAGGAGCGCAUUCGCCUAAGGGAGGUGGUCACCAAAGUGAUCAUUACCGACAAGGAGCUGCUCGAGUUCAUUUCACACGACGACAGCUUCCAGAGCCAAUUGGCGCAGGUGUAUCAGGUGCGCUUGGGCCAGCUGGCGCCAGUGCAGCGCAUUAUCGUUGGCAAAUUUGCCGAGGAGCAGCUGCUGGAGCAACGCCAGCUGAAAGUGCUGACCGACUGGCAGCGUCGCGAAAGGGAUCGCCUGUACGAGUUCAUUCGCACCCAGAACAUGACCCAGACGCAGCUCAAGAGCUGGCAGAGUCAGGACACGAAGCUGCUGCAGGACUUUGCCACCAAGUACGACAUCUCCGUGCAGGAGCUAAAGGAGUGGCAGAAGCUGGAGCUGGAGCGCAUCCAGAAGAUUGCCCACUACUACGGCAUGACGCAGAGCGACUUGCAGCAGUUCCGCGAGGGCGAGCUACGCUGGCUGACCUACUUGAAUCAUCGCAAGUUGAUGAGCGCCGCCGAAGAACAGAACUGGGUGAAGACCCACAAGUGGACGCUGGGCAGGCUGCAGAGCAGAUACGGUAAGUUUGGCCAGGAGUUGGUCAUCUGGCGACGUAUCCUGUAUCUGCUGAGUCAGGGUUUGAUCGAUCUGCCUGAGGGUGGCAGUACGAAUGGUGGCUAUGUGGUGGAUCCUGGCAGGACCAAUUCCACGCAUGUCUACAUGCCCAUCUUCUCCAAGGAUCGUGGCGAUCAGCCACCACACACAUACGAGGAGAGCUACGAUGAGACAGACGAACCCGGCCUAGAGGGCGAGACGCGGACGCCACGUCCCUAUCCCCGCCCAUCCCCCAUCCUGUCCACACCGCCGCCGCCGCCGCCGCCAUUGCCCUACAGUCGCGUAUCAGCCCAGCCCAGCGCUGGCUACGAGUACAGUCGCCGCGACUACACCAUCAAUGUGCCCGUGGGCGGAGCCUAUGCCUCGGCCAGUGGCGGACCCACUGGCUCUUCGGCCACCGCCAGUGCCAAUUUGGGUAAAUGGAGUCGUGCCGCAGGCGAGGAGCCGCAGGUCGAGGACUUGGGCCAGCAGCAGCAGCUCGAACUGGGCUGGAACGAGGGACAGCAGCAGCAGCAAGUGGAGGAGGACGUGGACUGGAAUGCCAAAUACGAGGCGGGACAACAGCAGUCGCAGAAUAUCGAGGAUCUUGGCCAGCAGCAGCAGGUUCAAGUGGAGGAUCUCAGCGAUCUGGGAGGCUAUAGGGCAGGCCAUAAUUAUGGCCACAGCACCAGUGGACAGCUGCAACAGCAGCAGCAGCAGCCCAUUAAGCAACUGGAAGUGGAGGCCACAGCGGAGCCCUCGUUCUGGGAUAAAUUAAAGAGCAAAAUCGGUUAGAGAGUCCUAUAUAGAAAGCAAAAACUGCCAUUUAUCGAAUAUCGAAUACUUAGUUACGAUUUGUUAAACGAAACCUUAACACACACACACACUUCACACAUAUAUAUUUUCUACAAAUGUUUCUUUAAUAUUUAGUUUAUAAAUAAAUAAAUAAAUGAGAUUUUGAGAAAGGUCACACCUUGUACCCGCCACACAACAAAAAUUGAUUACUAAAUAUACUCGUAAUUUCUGUUUGCUCCCA